AUGAAUUAUAAUUAUUAUCGAACUCAACACGAUAAUUUAAGAGUGAUACAUUAGAAUUCACUCUCUGUUGGGAAAUUGAAAAAGGGAAUUGUAUUUCAGAAUUAUCCUUUCAAUCCAGUUUAGGGUUAUAACUCAACAUUUUAGGUGCGUCCACAAACAUCUUAAACCUAACCUGUCAAGAAACCCUCCACUGCUUAAUCGAUUCGCCAUGUUCCGAGAGCCGCAACUUCUCAGAGUCAGCGGUAACCUAAUAUGCUCUUUUCAGAGUAACCUAAUAAUCUUGAGAUGGAGACAAAGCCAAGUAAGAGAUUUAUGAAGAUAUACUUUAUGAAAACCAACUAUCGAACAAUUCUACACAAUCUCAUGAAUAAUAAAGUUAAGGCACUCCCCCCUGGAGACAGGAGGAGACUAUCCGUACUUAACAUAGUGUAAGACAAGUUUAAAGAACUUACUAUCUCAGAGAUUAAUCUCUUGAUCUGUCAACACGAACUCUCUGAAAAGUUCUAUAUCUAUUUUUCAGAUUCUGAAUGGAUUCCAUGCAGCAAAUGUUGUCAAUCACCAAUAUUCUUGGUUUUAAGUCCACAAGCACAAAAAACAGACAUAUUUUGCUGUCAAUGUUCUCGAAAUCUAUAAAAUCCCCCUUAAUCAGCCUUUUAGAGCACUACGCUCAUUCCUAAACAAUCAUUUUCACAAUAUGGCCAUUCAUUGUAGGAGCAGAAGGAAAGACAAAAGGUGAGCAGGAUGAUAAUAUCAGGAAAAUAUCGAAAGGUUAACUUGAAGGAAAUAUAUAAUGAAGUCUAAGAACCUUAGCAAAAGGAAGAAUCUUUCAAUAUUGAAUUCCCUGUCAAAGAGAAACAAUAAGAGAGCACUAUUUUAGAGUUGAAAGACUUAAUUAAUGAAUUAUUCUGA